CAACGGCAGUGUGUUUAUGCGUGUGUGUGUGUGUGGCUGUGUAGGUUUGAUUUUGUUUUUAUUUGCGGUUGGAUCAGUCGAUUCCUAAGUCCGACUAGUAUACAUUGUGCACUUGUCCGUGAACAUCCACAAAAGCGAUCGUGAUUGAGCAUAUCGUUUCAGUUUAUAAAUUACACCAAAGUGUAUCGUUCUUGAGCAUACAAUCAUAUUCAAACAAUAGAAGUAAUAUUACAAUAAUAACUCAUAAUGCAUGAGACCGACGCUGAAUUUGAACCAAAGCCAGCAGAUGAUAAUUUUGAGCUUCAUUUCUUGGUUUUGGUGUUCAUUCUUAUUUUUUUGUUUGGUAUUGGGCUGCUUACUUAUUUAAGAAAAUGGAUUCAAGGCGGGCAAUUUCACAACGUCGACCGGAUUGAUGGAAAAGUUAUAGUUGUAACCGGCUGCAACACUGGAAUUGGCAAGGAAACGGUUAUGGAUUUGGCGCAACGCGGAGCUCAUAUUCAUAUGGCAUGCCGGGAUUACAAGCGUUGCGAAAUUACACGCCAAGAAAUUAUUGCCAAGACAGGAAACCAUAAUGUUUUUAAUCGUGAACUGGACUUAGCCUCAAUGGAUUCAAUUCGAAAAUUUGUGGCCAAAUUUUUACAAGAGGAAAAACGUUUGGAUAUUUUAAUCAACAAUGCCGGUGUGAUGGCGAUGCCAAAGAACUUAACAAAGGAUGGUUUUGAAAUGCAGCUGGGAGUAAAUCAUUUAGGACAUUUCUUGCUUACUAAUCUAUUGUUGGAUAUUUUGAAAUCAUCUACGCCCAGUCGAAUUAUUGUGCUCUCAAGUCUUGCCCACAAAUAUGGUGAAAUAAAUCGCGCCGAUUUGAAUAGUGAAAAGUCCUACAAUAAGUUUAAAGCUUAUUCUCAAAGUAAAUUGGCAAAUAUUUUAUUUACGCAAGAGUUGGCCAGACGUCUUAAAGGAACGGGGGUCACAUGUAAUGCCGUACAUCCGGGCGUCGUUAAAACCGAUUUGGGUCGACAUUUGGUGCAUUCAUUGAUUAAAAAAUUGAUUGAUCCAUUCACGUACUUUUUCUUUAAGACUGCUAAAUCCGGUGCACAAACAACAAUUCGUUUGGCAGUCGAUCCGGAAUUAGAAAAAGUUACCGGUCAAUAUUUUGCUGAUUGUAAACAGCAAAAAGUGGCCCCUUCAGCUCGUAAGAAUAAUAACGACGCUGAAUGGUUAUGGAAAGAAAGUGAAAAAAUGACUCGUCUUUCGUCGCACACACAUCCAGUUUGAGGCCCUUUAGUAGAAAAUUAUUUAAAAAAUGAUUCACAUUUUGUUUGUGAAAUGUUCUUGGUAUUUUUUUUUUUCUUCAAAAUACAAAGAAAAAGUGGUUGGGUGAAUUGAUACAUUUUUUUU